UCUAGAGUCUGUACGUCUUUGCCCGCUCUACUCCAUAACAAUCUUGCGUCUACCGCCAUCAUGGCCGAAUCUAAGCGUCCUCGCGUCUUCUUUGACAUUCAGAUUGGCCAGCAGCAGACUGGUCGCAUUGCCUUUGAAUUGUUCAACGAUGUCGUCCCCAAGACUGCCGAGAACUUCCGGGCGCUCUGCACGGGAGAGAAGGGAAUGGGAAAGCAGGGCAAGCCAUUGCACUUCAAGGGUUCGAUCUUCCACCGUGUCAUUAAACAAUUCAUGAUCCAGGGUGGUGACUUCACCGCGUUCAACGGUACCGGCGGCGAGUCGAUUUACGGCGAAAAGUUUCCAGACGAGAAUUUCGAGCUGAAGCAUGACCGUCCCUUCCUCCUUUCCAUGGCCAACUCCGGUCCCGGCACAAACGGCAGCCAGUUCUUCAUUACCACCGUUCCCACUCCUCACCUAGACGGCAAGCACGUGGUCUUCGGCGAAGUUAUCAACGGCAAGAGCGUGGUCCGGAAGAUCGAGAAUAUGCCAACUCAGGCAGAUAAGCCUACCACUGACGUGACCAUCGCGGAGUGUGGUGAACUCACCGGCGAGGACUACGACAACGCAGACAAGCAGACUCCCGACGCUACCGGCGACCCAUACGAGGAUUUCCCUGACGACCACCAGGGCGAGGAGCUCAGUGCUCCUGUGUGCUUCAAGAUCGCUUCGGAGCUGAAAAAUUUCGGAAACACGGCCUUCAAGAAUGGUAACAUCGCCUUGGGUCUCGAGAAGUACCAGAAGGGUCUACGCUAUCUGAACGAAUUUCCGGAACCCGAAGAGAACGACCCUAAGGACCUGGAGCCUCAAAUGAAAUCACUGCGUUUCACCCUUCACUCGAAUUCUUCUCUCCUAGCAAACAAGCUGGGACAAUUCAAGAACGGCAAAACCUGGGCUACAUACGCUCUGGAUGUGGCUGACGCAGCCAGUGCAAAAGAUGCCGACCGGGCUAAGGUCUACUACCGCCGCGCAGUCGCCGAAAGCGGACUCAAGGAGGAAGAUGAAGCGCUGAAGGAUUUGGAGCAAGCUUCCACCUUGGCUCCUAGUGACGCUGCGAUUGCGGCGGAGACUGCUAGAGUUAAGAAAGCUAUCAAGGCCCGGGAAGCUCAGGAAAAGGCUACUGCUCGGAAGUUCUUCUCAUAGACAAGAAAUUGCUGGUUACGAUUCAUGAAUCUUCUCACUCUCAUUUCGAUGCUAUCCGUAACUCCCACUAGCAGUUGCGAGAAUCGAGGUCCCAAUCAACGGCCCUAUAACUCGGCUUUUCCCGUACGUCCGUCGUAUGGUUUCAAGCCCUAUAACAGUACCUAGCUUGAUAGCAUGGAGACUUAGGCGCAAUAUUGUUCUUCUGCUGAGGUCGUCACUCAUCACAUAGUUGUAUGUACCUGAGCGUUGAAACAACAUAAGAGUGUAUCUACGGUGACACAUGAUGGAUGGAAUGAAACACCUAAUACAUUUUC